AUGCGUUAUGAGAAUUGGGAUGUGCUUCUCUUCUCUGAGAAUUCCAAAGUGCCAAUCCAAGAGUUCAAGACACAAUGCUUUGUGAUCAAAGAUAGAGGAUCCCCUUAUCUGCACAGUCCUGCUCUUGUCAAUCCGGCGCCGUAUUGCCUCCCUCAAGGAAAUAUGGGUCUGCUACCUGUGCUCACGACUUUCAUCCCAAGUGUAUCGCCGAAUACUCCGUUUCGGGUGUCUGUUCAUAGCUGGGAAAGACCUCGGCCUAGUCGGCUAAUGGAGAGUCUGCUGCAACCCGAUGAUGCUUUACUUUUUGAAGUCCGGAUUUUCAUUGAUGGUCUUUUUGUCUCUGGUAGCGUCUUUGGCCAGCGGACUAACUGGCCCCAUGUCAUUGAUAUCGACAAGAGCGGAAAUCAGGAUAACCUGCGUUUCCCGCCAUUUCACCAGGAGAUUUUGGAGCAACAGCACUGGGACGCUGAGGUAUUGGAGUAUUCUAGUAUUGCUUGGCCUAAUGCCUCCAUGUGGAGCCGAGAACCCCGUCUCUUCAAAUAUAACACCAGAGGUGAGCUUAGUGACUUGAAAGAGCCAGAGGAUACGCAUGCCCACUCGCCCACCCGACAUGGAAUUCGACAGUUUGCGACCACAAGCAGCCAGAUCAGUAACCCGGCAACACACAGCGCCUGGGCAUACCGAAGCUAUCAAGGGCCUAUUCCUCAAAUGCAAGGCAGCCUCCGAGAAUCACGAUGGCCCCAACAGGAGCAGCUUAUGCCAGAUCCUUUUAUCGACCCUUAUGUGCUUGAUCCUUCUGCACGCCACCGAGGUGCGAGACCCUCUUCGGAGGAUGUAUCUAUGCCGGACUAUGUUUCAAGCUCAACCAGUAGUCGAGCUAUCUCACACAUGACCGGCAUUAGCUACGAGCAUAGCAAGCAUCCAAGCAUCAUUUCCCCUAUUGACGAGGAGUCCUAUAACCAGUUUUUCGAGGUCCUAAGUCCUCCGAAGCCGCUGUCCUGCGGUACAAAAGCGCCCACAAACACGCCUUCCGCCACAUUGCCUAUGGGUCGAAAGCUCUCUGUUGCAGCUGAAGCGAGGUCGGCACCGUAUAUUAACAAUGGAAAUAGAGCAUCACUCCCAAAAGAUAAAUCGCAUCUAGGUACUAGAGACGUCUCAGAAGCUAGUGUUAAAUCCAACCUGUCCGCCGAGCCUGUUACCGAUAUGGCAGCAACAAGCAAGCUUCCUGUCGGCCUAAAUAUCCAGGUUAAAGGCAGAAAAGAGGGGAUGGUGUCGGAUAAGAAGGAAAACGAGAUUACGGUAGAAACUCCGCGAAGGGAAAGUGAAAAGGUCCACCAUACAGGGUCCAAGACAGUCGUGCGUACCAGUGGAAACCUAGAGACUCCCACUGGAUCUAGAAGAAGACGGUCCACGGGUUCUGCUCGCAGGGAAAGUCUCAGUUUUUCUAAAGGAGAGCCGAUUCUGCUUUCUCCAGCACAAGAAUUGUCUGAAGCAGAUGACCUUCUCCGACGGGCUAGUCUCGAAGAACUCCUUGGACCAAAAAGCCACCGUGCAGGUUCUGUAGCCGAAGUGGCCGAGAUUGACUAA